CUUUUAAUAUGCACAAAUAUAUUUGAAACAAAUAUAUAAUGAUUUAGAUUUUAGUGUAAUUAAAGAGUGUUCAAAAUAAUAGGUCUUGAUAAAUUACUAAUGGAUUUGUUAGUUAGUUAGCGAUGAUUAAGCACAUGGAAGUUACUGAUAAGAAUGUUUCAAAUAGUGAUUUAAAUGAAAAAAAUGAAGAAGAGACCGUUUGGCCUCAAAUACUGGCUAUUUUGGCAGGUGGAUUAGGAGCGUUCACCGACGGAGUUAUUUUUUCAUGGACAUCUCCCUUCAUAGUCAAGAUCGUACAGAACAAAGUAGAUUAUGAUAUAUCAGAAGAAGAAGCUGCCAACUUUCCGAUAAUCCAACCAGUAGCUCUGAUAAUAACCGGAUUGUUGAUCUCCAAUCUUUGCGAUGUUAUUGGAAGAAAGAAGGUGCUUCUUUUCCUUGCUAUACCUCACGUUAUUAAUUUAUUAUUAUCAGCUUUUGCAAGACACGUCUAUGUGUUUUACGCAGCAAGGGUUUGCGCUGGUAUUGGCGAUGCUUUCCUUUGGUCAGCUUUGCCAAUGUAUAUAGGAGAAGUAGCGUCGCCUAAGGUUAGGGGAGUUUGGGGAAAUACGCUUGCUAGUGGUCUUUAUAUGGGACAGUUCGCUAUAAAUGUUGUAGGUAGCUAUUGUGACAUUCCUACAACGUCCUAUAUAUUUCUUCCUUUACCAAUUCUGUUUUUCAUGAUCUUUAUUUUCAUGCCAGAAUCACCAUACUACUACCUUAUGAAGAAGGAUUACGAAGCGGCCAAAUGCUCUUUAAAGUUUUUGACAAGGAAAAGUAAUGUUGAUCCGGAGUUUAACCAAUUAAAACAUGACGUUGAACGACAACUAUCGGAGUCGGGAACAUGGAAGGAUUUGGUAUCUAUAUCAAGCAAUCGCAAGGCGUUACUAGCUGGGUUUUUCUUAAGAUGGUCUCAACAGUUUUGUGGGUUACCUGUAUUUAACCAAUACACACAAUUUAUUUUCCAAAAAGCAGGUGGUCUGGUUAGUCCAAGAGUUGCUUCCAUGAUCUUUUCUGCUUUAUGCCUAAUUUUAAAUAUCAUAGUAGUUACUUUUGUGGUAGAUAAAUUCAGCAGAAAACGUCUAUAUGCUUCCUCUUUAGUACCUUGUAGCGUUGUUUUGUUCAUAAUAUCUAUAUAUUUUUAUUUAGAUCAAAUGAUGCCUUCAGUAGAUACAGCAUCUUUGUCUUGGCUACCAAUUACGGCCCUUGUUAGCUACCAAGUAGUUACUUCUUUUGGUGUAACCGUAAUACCAACUUUAAUGUUAGGGGAACUUUUUUCUUCUAGCGUCAAAGCCAAGGGCCUUACCGUCCUUAUGAUCGCCAUGGCUGCUGGCGUCUUCAUGACCAAUGGUAUAUUCAAUUUACUCAACACUUCUGUGGGUUAUUAUGCUCCAUUUUUAUUGUUUGGUAUAUGUACGGUUUUGUCAUCCAUAUUGUCUUUCUUCGUGAUUCCAGAUACUAAGGGAAAGACUUUGGAAGAGAUUCAGAUGACUUUAAAGACAGCAGAAUGAUUGUGAUGAUAUAGACACAUUUUUUAUAUUUAUUUUGUUUAAUAAAUAUUCUUUCUGUGUUUUAUUAGUAGAAUUUAGGAAG